AAGAAAGAGGAGGGAAAGAUAGAGAGGAAGAAGAGUCGAGAGCUCGGCCCCGCCCCUAGCCUAGAGAAUUUGGAGCGUUAUCGGUCAGCAAAUCUCCCUGUCCGUGCUUGAUCCUCCCAGCUCCGCGUGGGUUUCUCUUUCUUGCUUGCUUGAUCGACCAUUGUUUCGCCCGCGCGCUUUGUGGGCGAUUCUAUCUCCGCGCUCUCCGGCUGGAGAUGGGGUCGGAUGGCAAGGGCGAGAAGGACGACAAGAAAAAGGAGGAGAAGAAGCCACAGACCACAGUGCUCAAGCUCCAGUUCCACUGCGACAAUUGCGUGAAGCGAGUCAAGAAAUCGGUGGCGACCCUCAAAGGCGUGACUUCCAUCACUGUGGAUGAGAAAUCCGGCAAGGUGACGGUCGUGGGCCACGUCGAGCCCAAGAAGGUGCUCAAGAGGGUCCAGAAGACGGGCAAGCACGUCGAGAUGCUCGAGCCCAAGGAGAAGAAGGACGACAAGAGCAAGGACGAGAAAUCGAAGAAGGACAAGGGCGACGAUUCGUCGAGCAAGAAGAAGGACGAGGGAGGCUCCAAGAAGGACGACAAGAAAGACGGCGAUGGCGGCAAAUCGUCGGGCAAGAAAGACGAGCACCAGUUGAUGAUCACCAGGAUCGCCCACAACGACUUCACCUACGUUUUCAGCGACGACAAUCCCAACAACAAUUGUAGCAUUAUGUGAUCGUGGAUCGUCUCGGAUUCACUCCGAUGGAUCGAUAGAUCCAGUGAUGGGCUUUCUUACGCCGGCUUUGGUCUAGGUGUGGUUUCAUCUGUACAGGAGAGUUCUUCGUCUUGUUUGUUUUGAUCGGAUCGACCUUCUCUUUUUGACCAUAUAUCAAUCAAUCAAAGGUAUGGCAUCGGUGGAA